UUCCAGUGGCGAAAGAAGUCAGAUUGAGCAGUUCCUUGACCAGUUUGACGACAUUCUCAGUUUGAAAAAGGGUAUCACUGUGGUGCUUGACGAUCCAGCGGGCAAUAGUUAUAUUCAGAGUUUGACUGCUCCAAUGGAAGAUCCGCGCUUACACAAGGAGUUUUAUCAGCGAACAUUCGAGCAAAAUGACGAGUUGGGUCUGAAUGAUAUGAAGGUGGAAAAUUAUGGCGAGCUCGAAACUCUGAAGGAGGAUGAGGACGAAGAACAGAAGGCUGUCUAG